CCCAUGGCGCCGCCCAGAACGAGUUGCCCACCACUCUGCUCGGCUCUGUUCAGAUCGCUGGACCCCCUCCUGCCUGCCGGAGCUGCCAGCACAGCCUGGGAAGCCGCACCCCUUCCCUCCCCUGGCCCCGCCUUCGAAGAGGGCGGGGCCGAGACAGCUCCGAAGGAUGGCCAGGGGUCCGGGCGACACCGAGGGCGAGGGGAUCAGGCGGCUGGGAGGCCCGGCACGGGGCUACCCCAUCCCAGCCUCAGCUUCCCCACCUGCGGAAUGGGAGAGUCUGCGCAACAAAGGCUGGUUUUAAAUCACGAACUCUCCAAACUUUUUAACCAACUGUGGGAUGCUGACGUUAACCGCUUUGGGCCCGGCAGAGACUACACCAUCUCCCUGCAGGGGAAGGCAGACUUUGUCCCCCAAGGUGUCCACAGAACCGUCGACCAUGCUUCUCAGGCUCUCUUCCUCUGGGUGAAUGAGAGUCGGUUACGGAGCACCAAGACCUUUGCAGCUUUUAUCUCCCUUUUGGAUAACUAUGAGACGUCAACAGGAGUAGCAGAAGUCGUGACCCCGGAGGAGGAAGCAGAAAAUAACCGAUUCUUGGAUGCUGUCUUAGAGACAGAGGUGAUGAAGCUCGCCCAUCAGUAUCUGGUGGGAAAAAAUUGGUCCAAGCCCAGCCUGGUGGAUUUCAGGGCUCAGCUCUACAGAAUCUGGUUCCAGCUGUACACUCGGGAGGGCCGCCAGGGGCCUGAUUCUUGUGGUUUUGAGCACGUGUUUGUGGGUGAAACCCGGCGAGGACAGGACAUCCUGGGUUUCCAUAACUGGGUCCAGUUCUACCUUCAGGAGAAGCGGGGAAAUAUCGAUUACAAAGGUUACGUGGCCAGAAGGCACAAGAGUCGGCCUGAUGAAGAUGACCAGGUGCUGAACCUUCAGUUUAGCUGGAAGGGUUUGGUGAAACCUGUGGGCAGCACCUUCCUGGGCGUGAGCCCUGAGUUCGAAUUUGCCCUCUUCACCAUUGUGUUCCUGCAGUCCCAGGAAAAGGUCACUCGGGUGCUCGUCCGCAUUGAGGAGUACGAGCUGCAGCUAGUGGUCUACCGCCAUGGCCGCCACAUUGGCUCUGCCUACCCUAUCCUGCUCAGCAGCAACAAUGAGGACCUCUACUGAGCUGGGCUGGGGGCUGGGCAUCCCAAACUGCAGGGAUCGUGAGGAAAGCCUUCUUCACAGAAGUCUUUGGUCAUUCAUUAGGGUCAGAAUACAAAGAGGGGCACAAGCCAUUGUCUAGUGGAAUGGACCCUACUACUUGGGAGGACAGAGGUCCUCAGUUCUGGCCUCUACUUUGUACUAUGUGCCCUCUUGAACAAGUUAGGGCUAAUCUCCACCUGUAAACAUGGAACUGUUCUCCUCAGAUCUGAAAAUUUCUGUACUAAGGCCCCUUCGAGCUUUGACGUCCCCUGUUCCUUUUCCAAAGGCUAGGUAGUAUAACUGAGAUUUCUGCUGCUUCAUUCAGACUCGCUUCCCGAAGCCUGCUUGGAGGUAGUUCUUGCCAACUUUUCUGGAGAACAGAGCUGAAAGGGCCCUAGGGGCCACCUGUUUAAUCCUUCCAUUUUAUAGCAAAAGUGAGGCUGAGAGAGGGCAAAUGCCCGAGGUCACACAGCAAACUAGAGGUAGAGCCUGGAGCCCCAGACUCCUGGUCCAACACCCCUUCUCCGGCAUCGGCCACAUUCUGGAAAGGCCGAUGUCCUCUAAGGACUAGCCUCAGGCAAAGUUUCUGAGGUGCCGUCCAAUGGGAGUUCAGGAGCUGUGUCUGUUCUUUUAAUGCUGAACCUAAAGCAAGAGAGUGAGCCCUUCCCUUUGCAGCUGAAUAGAAAAGGAUUGUCCAUGAAACUCUCUUAUGUACACUUUACCUUUUUAAAAAAUGUCUACAAUAAAUUCAACAUGAGACUUUCAAA